AUGUCUGAAAAUAUUGAGCUAAGCGAUGCCGAUAAGAUCCGUUUGAAGCGUCUAGCACGACUCGGAACUGCUGCGUCAGCUCAGGCCGAAGCGUCUCAUGUCUCCCAGGGACCCUCGAAUACUCACACACCUGUUUCUGCAGGAUCUCGCUUGCUCUCGACACCUCAUCGUGCCACCUCCCCAGCUGAUGCUUCGUCGUCUUCCAAACCCGCUCAGACAGCAACUAUCAAGACAGGAAGGACACCCUCGCGAACUCCUGCCUUGGGCAAACGACCAUCCUCAAGUACGCCUGUCAGUGAACCAGUCGGGCCAAGGAUAGUCCCGUCAAAAGCCACCAGCAAUAUGAGUCGAGUGGAUUAUGAACAAUGGCAGACCCGCAAAGUCGGAGAGAUUUUCUCGGUCACUCUGAACACCACCCUCAACCCAUUGAAACAACGAUCGACUUAUCGGACCGACUCCUCAUUGCUCGAUUAUCUUUGGACCCAUCGGCCAGCUCCCGAGUUCCUGCCUCUAUUACUUUCGUCCACAUCCGAAUCUGCCGCCGCGUUCACGGCCGAAUCUGAACCCGUUCAGAAAGUUGAACCAGGUGUUUUAUCCGAUGCGGACCUGUUGCCUUUCUUGAACGACCUUGCUGUUGGUUUCCCAAGCGGGACCAUGGCCGAUGUGAUUACCCCGACAUUGAGUCUAUUCUUUCAAGAAUGGUACAAGAUAACCCCAACACCCGACCUUCUUGGCUCAGACUGGCGCAAAUACCUCGGAGCUGUAGCUCUAUUAGUACAGCUUCCUACUCUGCCCAUUUGGGUCGCACCUGGUGUCACCGCUCCCAAGCUGGAAUGGCAGUCGUUGUUAGGACCUUUGACACGAUUAAGCGUAUUCCCACGAGAAUUCGUAAGUUCAUCCUACCCUUCCAUCGCUAACGGUCUACAGCCGGAAAUAUGGAAAACCUACUUUUCAAAUCCGACCGAGCGCAAGAAGGAAGAUAUAGAGGCAAACAAAAGCAAUUUACGAUACACCCUUGGCGGGCUGCAUGUGGAUCCUCGAGCUGUUUCCUCCGACGGCUAUAUGACGAAUCUCUCAAUGGUCUUAUUGAAACUCUUCGAACCGGUCAUGGACGGUCAAUUCUCCAAACCGAAUUUCAUCUCGGACCUGUUCUUCCUUACCAACGCUUUCGUUCAUCUGGGUAUCGUCAAAACAAUUGGUACUCGAGGUAAAGCAGAGAAGAAUAUGUCGGAAAUCGAAAAGUCAUUGAAGCGAGCUGAAGCGCAAAGGGCGUCUUGGGAAGGAACUCAAGGCGAAGCAGCUGUAAAGAAGUUGAAGCUUUUGGAUCCAGCCAUGGUACGGCUCAAUGUAUCUUUCUUGGGUUUCCUCAUGACGUGGCUCACCCGCCUCGUCGAUCCUUCACACAAGCAUCCAUCUACCCAGGUAUCUCACUUUCCUGUCGCCAAAUUAUGUCAACAACCCGUUCCUGAAGGCGAAAUUGGUAUCGACGUCGAGGCGACUGGUGGUCAUUCCCAAUUCUGGGACAAGUUCAAUUUCAGACGUGAUAUCCAACGAAUCUUCAAAUCAAUGUGGGAGAACCCUCUUCAUCGCGAAGCUUUCGUGAAAGCGAGACACGACAACUUUGAUCAGUUCAUUCGAUUUGUGAAUAUGUUGAUGAGUGACACCACAUUCCACCUCGAAGAGUCCCUCACUGGUAUGGCAAAAAUCUCCUCUAUCCAGAGUCAACAGACCAAUGCGGAUGCGUGGGCCGCCAUGCCUCAAGCCGAGCGGGAAGACCAAGAGAGUCUUCUGCGACAAGCGGAGUCAUCUGCUCCCUUCCAUACUCAAUUAGGUCUAGAGAACGUCAAGCUGAUUCGCGACAUCACUGCCACGACGAAAGAACCUUUCAUUACCGAGGAAAUCGUGGACCGUCUGGCAGCUUCACUCGAUGAAAAUCUUGCCAUCUUGAUCGGACCAAAGAUGUCAGAGCUCAAAGUGACAAACCCCGAGAAAUACUCUUUCAAGCCCAAGGAAUUACUCGGGGCCAUUGCGCAGAUAUAUUUGAACCUUGGCAACGAGUCAGAGUUUAUUCGUGCUGUUGCCAAUGACGGCCGAAGUUACUCAAAAGAGUUGUUCGAAAAAUUUGCUAGAUUAUUGAAGAACAGAGCUAUCAUGACCGAUGCUGAAGUAGCUGAAGUCGUCAGCUUCACCCAAAAGGUAGAGGAUAUGAAAGCCACGAUUGAAAUGGAAGAUGAACGAGAGAUUCCUGACGAAUUCCUUGAUCCACUGCUCUCUACACUCAUGAAGGACCCAGUGAUCCUUCCGGUAUCUCGUGUUGUUAUUGAUAGAGGCACCAUCCGAACGGUACUCUUGUCCAAGGAGGUUGAUCCUUUCAAUAACGUACCGCUCAAGUACGAAGAUUGUAUUCCCGAUGCCGAACUCAAGGCCAAGAUCGAUGCUUGGUUAGCUGAAGGAAACACUCAAAAAGCACCCGACGUUAUGGAUGUCGAUCAACUGUAG